GAGCUCUUCGUCCGCGGCCAGUCUGGCCGAAGUGUGAGAAUUCAGCUGGUGAUGGCCUACACAGCUCAGGCAGAUGAGAAGACAGGCCCUGGUACCCCUACAGAUGCUCAUGCUAGAGCCUUACUGGUUUGCAAUGGACCUUUAGAACAUUAUGACUUUUUGAUUAAGCACAAAGAGCUGAAGAAUGAUGAGCAACAAAGAAGAGUUGUGCAACACCUGCAGAAAUUGCAUGAGAGCCUUAAAGGCUACAGCAUUGAUUCAAAAAAUGUUCUUUCAAAGUUCUUUGCCAAAACCCAACCCCCGAAAGGGCUUUAUGUCUAUGGAGAUGUUGGCACAGGAAAGACAAUGGUGAUGGACAUGUUCUAUUCUCACUUAAAAGUAGAAAGGAAAAAGAGAGUCCAUUUUCAUGGCUUCAUGUUGGAUGUACACCAGAGAAUACAUCGCCUUAAGCAGAACUUACCAAAGAGAAAAGCAGGAUUUAUGGCCAAAUCAUAUGACCCAAUUGCACCUGUGGCAGAGGAAAUAAGCCAAGAGGCUGCUCUCCUGUGUUUUGAUGAAUUUCAGGUCACUGACAUUGCUGAUGCCAUGAUUCUGAAGCAGCUUUUUGAAAAUCUCUUCCAGAAUGGGGUUGUCGUUGUGGCAACAUCUAACAGGCCGCCAGAAGAUCUCUAUAAAAAUGGUCUUCAGAGGGCUAAUUUUGUACCAUUCAUUGCUGUGCUGAAGAAAUACUGCAGCACAAUCCAGCUUGAUUCUGGAAUAGACUACAGGAAACGAGUGCUUCCAGCUGCUGGAAAACUUUACUACCUCACAAGUGAAGCUGAUGUGGAGGCUGUCAUGGAUAAGUUGUUUGAUGAGCUGGCUCAGAAACAAAAUGAUUUAACUAGACCAAGGAUUCUAAAAGUGCAAGGCAGAGAGCUGAGGCUGAAUAAAGCGUGUGGAACCAUUGCAGACUUCACAUUUGAAGAGCUGUGCGACAGACCUCUUGGAGCCAGCGACUAUUUGGAAAUAUCAAAGCAUUUUGACACAGUGUUUGUUCGUGACAUACCACUUCUUACAAUAGCAAAAAGGACACAAACUCGUCGUUUCAUUACUCUUAUUGACACCUUUUAUGAGCAUAAGGUGCGCAUUAUCUGUUCUGCCGCAGCUCCUCUCCAAAGCUUGUUCCUGGUGGAACGUGGCAGUGGUGAACUGCCAGACAACAGAGUGCUGAUGGAUGAUUUGGACUUGAGCCAGGAUUCUGCCAAAGGACUCUCCAUGUUUACAGGAGAGGAGGAAAUCUUUGCCUUUCAGCGUACUCUCUCACGGCUUACAGAAAUGCAGACUGAACAGUAUUGGAAUGAUGGGGACAGAAGCAAAAAAACAUAAUUAAAAGUUGAAUGAAAUCACCAAGAAGUAAAAUUACAGCAUGAAAUCACCAAGAAGAAAAAUUGGAAAAGCUUCGGAAAAGCACUGGAAAGCUUUUUAGCGCAACUUGAAUAAUAAUUGCACUUUAUCAUCUGGACCAUGUUUUCUUUCAUCAAUAGUUUUUUGAGUUUAAGACAUGAGGUCUCAGUUAUUUUUCUGUACCACCAGUGUGUGGAUAUGUGAAAUUUUGCCAUAAUUUGUUCUUCUUCUAACCUGUCUGGAUGUCUGGGUCCACACAGUGGUGGUGAAAGGAAUUAAAGCCAGCUGGUGGCUGGUCACCAGUGGGGCUCCCCAGGGCUCAGUAUUGGGGCCAGCCCUCUUCAAUAUCUUUAUCCAUGGUAUGGACAAGGGGAUCAAAGUGCACUCUCAGUAAGUUCACAGAUGACGCCAAGUUGGGUGGUAGUGUUGGUCUGCAGGAGGGUAGGAAGGCUCUGCAAAGGGAUCUGGUCAGGCUGGAUCAAUGGGCAGAGGCCAGUUGUAUGUUGUUCUAAAAGGCCAAGUGCCAGGUCCUGCCCAUGGGUCACAGCAACCUCAGGCAGCACCACAGGCUGAGGCAGAGUGGCUGGAAAGCUGCCCAGGGGAAAAGGAGCUGAGGGUGCUGGUCAACAGCAGCUGAACAUGAGCCUGCUGUGCCCAGGUGGCCAAGAAGGCAAAUGGAAUCUUGGCCUGUACCAGCAACAGUGUGGCCAGCAGGAGCAGGGCAGGGAUUGUCCCCCUGUACCUGCACUGGUGAGGCCUCACCUUGAG